CCGCCGAGUGAGCCACACCAGGAUCCACUAGUCCCGAGCCCACUAGCCAGGAUGACCACACCCAGCGCGGGAAGCUGGACGCUCUGCGGCGCCGUCCUCCUGUUCGUCCUGCCGCUGAUCCCCUCGCCGGAGGCUCUGCACCACACGGAGGAGGGUCUGGAGAUGCUCUUCCGCGAGCGCUCGCAGUCGGACUGGGAGAACGUGUGGCACCAGGAGACGCACUCCCGCUGCCGGGACAAGCUCGUCCGCCAGCUGUACUGGGCCUGCGAGAAGGACAUCUACCGCCUCACCCGGCGCAACAGGAAGAGGACGGGCAACGACGAGGCCUGGCUGAAGAAGAGCUCCACGGGCGCUGACGGCGCCACCUGGCUGCACGUGAACUACGCCAACAUGUUCCUGCGGAGCCGCCGCGCGGACGGCCACGCCCCCUCGAUCUCGAACGAGUGCUGCACCAAGGCGGGCUGCACCUGGGAGGAGUACGCCGAGUACUGUCCCUCCAACAAGCGGCGCAACCACUACUGAUGGACGGACGCGUCCCGCUGAUGGAUAACCCACUAUACCCAUAUGUAUAUUCGCUUUUUUUU